CCUUAUAGAUUGCUUUUCUUUGCCGAUGUCUUCCUUGUUCUAUGAAAUAGUAAACUCUCCAUUAAUUUGGAUAUCAGAGUGCCGCAUAACUUUUGCCAACGCGAAGGAUUAAAAAAUACAUAUAUCCAAGCUCACUGCAUGUGAGGGAGAAGCAUCAGAAGGAGGCAUUUGGUCGGAGGCAUUUGGUCGGAGGCAGAUUUGUGUGAAUACAUCCAUCCUAUAGCCUCCACGCCCACACAUUUGAGGGGAAACCGCUGCUUCUCACUCGCCUCUUGUUUUGAUCCGUGCGCGUGAAAAACCGACCGACCGAGCGGUGCCUUGCCAUGGCUCUUCUGACCCUGCAUCGUUCGCCGUCCAUCUCCACCGCUCCGGAUGAAAGCAUCCCAAGAAGAGGGAGACUUCAGAAAAGAGAGAGCUUUGCUCUGGUUAAAGGGGCCGUCCUUCUCCUGGAAGAGGGUGAGGGGGAGGGGCCACAUGAAGAGACGUCGCCCAAUCACUCCCCUUCACCCCUGAAGCUGGGGGGCGGAGCUUCAGACACACAGCACAGACAGCUGCACGCCAUGGUGUCACUACUAAGACCAGAGGACACUAUCAAACUGGCGGUGAGGUUGGAGUCAGUGAGUCCAGUCAGGGUACGAUAUCUGAUCAUAGUCUCCACCUUCAGUAACAAACAGGAGAGCAUUCUACUGGGGAUGGACUUCCCCGACACAGACAGAUGUCAGUGUACUAUCGGUCUGGUUGUGCCGGUAUGGAGCGACACACAAGUGUAUCUGGACGGAGAUGGUGGUUUCAGCGUCACAUCGGCAGAAAAGACGAGAAUCUUCAAGCCUGUUUCCAUACAGACUAUGUGGUCAGUGCUGCAGGCGCUGCAUGGCUGCUGCGAGCGGGCAGUGAAGGGCUCAGUGAUCCCAGGCUGUGGGCUGGACUGGGCCCAAUACUACUACGGUCAUGUGGAGUCUGACCGCCUCUGUCUCAACGAGUGGGGAGCCAUGACGGGCCUGGAGUCAGUCAGGAGGGACAGUGCCGGGCAGAGCUCGACAGAGAGGGUGUCUGUGGAGAGGCAGAUCAAAGAGGAGCUCCGAGACAUCAUGAGAACAGAAGACCUAGAGAAUAUCACCUCCAAACAGGUCCGCAGUUCCCUGGAGACCAGGAUAGGCAUGGACAUGAAGAACUACAAGGAAUACAUCGACAACGAGAUGAUGGUCACCAUGGCGCAGAUGGACAAGCCCUCCAAAAUAUUUGACUACUUAUUCCUGGGCUCUGAGUGGAAUGCUGCCAACUUUGAGGAGCUGCAGAAAAACAAUGUGGGCUACAUCCUGAAUGUGACGCGGGAGAUUGACAACUUCUUCCCAGAAUCCUUCAGCUACAUGAAUAUCAGAGUGUACGACGUGGAGGCUACAGACCUGCUGUCACACUGGAAAGACACAUACUCCUUCAUCAACACAGCCAGACAGAGUGGCCAGGCGGUGCUAGUGCAUUGUAAGAUGGGCGUGUCUCGCUCUGGUUCCACGGUGGUGGCCUACGCCAUGAAGCAGCAGCGCUGGCCCCUGGAGGUGGCUCUGUCCUACGUCAGGGAGCGCAGGCCCAUCGUCCAGCCCAACGACGGCUUCAUGAAACAGCUCCACACCUACAGCGGCAUCCUCAACGCCAGUCAGCAGCGCCACAGCGCUCUCUGGAGGUGGAAGUCACGGGCAGAGAAGGAGCAGCGAAAGAUUGAGAGAGCACAGUCUGCUGCUUCACACAACAAUGAGGAGGAGGAAGAGGAGGAGGAGAGCGAGGAGGAGGAGGAGGAAGAAGAGUUAGAGAGUCCAGAUGAAGUUGAUGAGGCAGAUAUAGAGAUGAAGGUACUUGAAGAGCCUGCCCACAAGUCUGAGACUAACCCAGAAGCUCCACCCACAGAACCGGCUGCUCCAUCCACGGAACCGUCUGUACCCAAUCCCUUCAUCACUGUACAGGUGGCUUCUCACAGCCCCAGUCGCAGUGGCAGGAUGAACCUCUUCUCUCUCAUGCAGUCCAUCAACGAACUGGAAGACGAGGACCUAAGGAAUGAACAGGUAAGAGAGAUUGCCAACAGUCACCGGAGGUCUCCAGGGCAACGGAGGCGGAGUUAUAGACGGAAAGGCCUCAUGCAUCAGAGGGCCCAUGUGGAUGUUUCACCUGAGCCAAGCCGCCUAUCGGGACUCAGAAAACUGGAAGGGGCGGGGCCAAGCAAACCCGAGACCGGGGAAGGAGAUGCCAAGACAACGGAGGUGCGGUAAAGAGGAACAGAAGACGAGGCGGCGGGAGAAGGGAUGGAGAAUGAGAAGCCUAGAGGAGACACUAAUAGGAAGAGAUUGAAUGUUCUGCCCACUUUCAAGCUAUAAACAUGAAAGAAUUACCCUAAUAUAGUUCUAUACAUCAGACCUUAAGACUCCAACUAUCAUCGUUAUAUUAUAGAUUUUUUAACAGUCAUGCCUUUUGCACAGUAUUUCCUGUUUUGGUUCUUUCAAUGUAGUGGUCACCAACCGAUCGAUCACGAUUGACUGGCUGAUCUCCAAGCCAUUCUAGUCGAUCACCAAACACUGUAAAAAAUAAAAAACACACAAACAACGAUAAGGCCUUGGAUUCCCCUUUUCUUUUCAUUCUUUUUUUUCUCUCCCUCUAGCACUUUUGACAGUAGGUGCACUUGGAAGGUAAAGUGUUCACAUUUUUAACCAUUUCAUGUGUCUGAAGGUAGAACUCCCACUUAUUCGGCCGGCCCAGAGAGCAAAUCAAGUGCAGCUAUAGGCCUACCGCUGGCCAAUCGUAUAGCUCAGAUCACCGUGUCUGCAGUUUCCUCGCACCACAGCCUGCAAAAAGAAGCCUCGAACCCACAGCAAAGUUGAUCAUGUUGAGAUUUAAAAACGUUUAAAACCACGACUAAAGGGACUCAACGAAUACAGCAAAGAGCUGCUGUUUGAAUGCGUAUGGGCUCAUUGUAAUGGAAUAAAUGGAAUGG